UGGUCCAGUAUUUCUGUGUUUGCCACACACUCCUGCCCUCAUUCUCACAGUGGGACUGCCACGAGGGGCCUGCUCUGCCUGAGUGUGUCACCAGCUUCCCAUACACUCAUCUGUAGAGCUCCAACACCCAUCCUGACUGCCACAGCUGGGCUGGAACUGCAGGACCCCCAAAGCAGUGAGACCAGGACCCUUUUCAUCAUCUCCACCAGCUGGGACAGGAGACACUGAGCAAAUCUCACACACACGCACACUCAUCAGUCUGGUUGAGACAGCAGCGGGACAGGCAGUCACUGACUGAAGUUAUAUAAGUGAAUAGGAGUGAUGGGUGACUGGAGUCUUCUGGGAAACUUCUUGGAGGAGGUACAGGAGCACUCCACCUCAGUGGGGAAGGUGUGGCUCACCGUGCUCUUCAUCUUCCGCAUCCUGGUGCUGGGCACGGCCGCCGAGUCAUCGUGGGGUGAUGAACAGUCAGAUUUUACAUGCGACACACUGCAACCCGGUUGCACCAACGUCUGCUACGACAAAGCCUUUCCCAUUGCACACAUUCGCUACUGGGUACUGCAGAUCGUCUUCGUCUCCACACCCUCACUCAUCUACAUGGGCCAUGCCAUGCACACGGUGCGUAUGGAGGAGAAACGGCGCCAGAAGGAGCAGGAGGAGCGUGAGGCAGAAGAGCAAAGAGGAGAAGCAGGAGGAGGAGGAGGCGAGAAAGAGUACAUGGAGCAGAAGGAGAAAGGGUCUGAGAUGCCAGGCAAGAUCCGCCUGAAGGGGGCACUGCUGCAGACGUAUGUACUAAGCAUCUUGAUCCGUUUGGUUAUGGAAGUGACCUUCAUUGUGGUCCAGUACAUGAUGUACGGCAUCUUCCUGGAAGCCCUAUACCCCUGCGAUACCUCGCCCUGCCCCAACCGUGUUAACUGCUACAUGUCUCGGCCCACAGAGAAGAACGUCUUCAUUGUGUUUAUGCUGGUGGUGGCAGUCGUGUCCCUGUUCCUCAGCGUCGUGGAGCUCUACCACCUGGGCUGGAGGCAAUGCAAGCGUUGCUUCAGGAAGUACGCCGAGAGUCAUGCGGCCAAGAGCAGCGGUGAUGCCAACGACAAAAGCGGCAAGGCUAUUUCUACAGCAACAAAAGCCAUUACAACCAUCAGUAUGGACCUUCCGGACACCCCCCAGUCACGUCCUUCCCAAACCUGCACCCCACCUCCAGAUUUCAACCAGUGCCUUGCUGCUUCAGGACGAGGGCCAACGUCACCUCCGCAUCUUCAUCACCACCAUCAUCUUCAUCCAAUCCACCCCAGCUACCAGCCCUUCACCAACCACUUGGCCCACCAGCAGAACUCUGCCAACCUGGCUACUGAGCGCCAUCACCAUAGCCAUGACAACCUGGAGGCAGGGGAGGACUUUCUGCGGAUGAGCUAUGGGCAACCAUCGGCCGCAGUGUCCUGCGGUCAUGUCCCAGGUGAGGUGUCACCUAGCGCUCCCUCUACGCCCACGUCCAACGGCAGCUUCAUCAGAGACAAGCGCCGCCUCAGUAAGACCAGCGGCUCCAGCAGCAACAGAGUCCGGCCAGACGACCUGGCUGUGUGAGCCAGAGAGGAGAUUCUAGCUUCUGGAGGCAUGCACAGAUUUGCGUGUAUGUGUAUGGUUGUAUAUGCGAGUCUUUGUUGGUACUAGCAGUGGAUUGAAAUUUUUUGAUAGCCAUCUUCUCAGGUUGCAUAAACGUCUUACGCAUCGGGGGGACUAGAGAAUGAUGAAAAAAGAGAAAGAAUCUGUAUCAGAGCACCUUAUUUGGUUUCAUUGAAACUGUUGUAUAGUGUUGAGGGUGGUCUAUGACAGGGUAGAUCUAGAGAUUGUACAUAGCAUAUAAAAUACUGAAGCAUGUAUGUACAACAGGAUGGUUGGAUGACUGGUUGAGUGGAUGGAUGGACGGAUGGAUGUACGGAUGGAUCUGAGAGAUCAAAAUACGAAAACCAAAUUUUUCGAACAAUUUAUGGUUAUUUGUGGAAUAUAUCAAGGAAAUAAUACUGAGACUAAAAAUUAGGGCUGGCCUGAACAGCAUUUUUCAGGCUUAACAUUUACAUUUUAUAGUUAUCCAUAAUUUUAAAUAUGUUAGUUAAUUUUUAAUCAAAAUAUCCUAAAACAUAAAAUACAGUUUUACAGAUUUGCUAGAUAGAUGAGUCUGACUGGAUUUUUGCCUACUUAUUUCCUAGAUAUCAGCAAUGAUAGAGAAGACGCAUUUGCAAUCUUUGUUUUGCAAGGUGUUUUAGUUUCAGUUUAGGCACUGGAUAACCAAGUUCACAUUCCAUCAUGAGUGAAAUAACUUCAAAAGGCAAACAGAAAUACUGCACACAAUUGACAACUCAGUGUUAAAUUUGUGCAGAUUUACAGCCAUCCAUUAGCCAGCCUGCUAUCCCUGAUUGUCUCCAUCUGUCAAUGCUGCGGAAGCCAAACAAGUGACUUGAGUUUCUUCGCCUGAAUAGCAUUAAACAGUCAAAACCACAGCCAAACAUGUGUAUUAAUGUGUAUUUGGCCGAUUCUCUCUGUUUAAAGUUUAUUUGACAUUUUUACAUAUAAUAAUGUAUCUUGCUGCAAUCUUUCAAGGAAAAGAGAGGUCUUGGGAAAUUAUAGAAGGGAUUGUGGCUGGUGUUCAUCCUUUAGCUAACAUUAGCCUACCUGGGUAUAAAAUGAUUUUUAUAGCCUAAUAUCAGCUUGAUCGUUAAGUAAUUUCUCCUGGUUUUAUGAUAAGACGUUUUGUUCAAAACAGUGAUAAAUAAGCCUCUAACUUUUAAAACUGUCAGGAAGACAGAACUGUUUACACAAGGAAACGAUUGCCAACAUAACAAACAAAUACUCAAGUAUUCAAAUUAUUCAGGCCAGCCCUACUAUGGAUGAAAUCAGAUAUUUGAAAUCACUAUAGAUGAGAGUUCUUCAGUACACUGCAUAAACAAACUAAAGCCUUGAAAAAAAGACACUGGUGCACAUUGCAACUUUAUUCCCUAUGAAAAGUGAAUAGCGAGGACAUCAUUAACCUGUCGCUUGCUAAACACAGCUGCAUGAUUUCAACAAUUAGUUUCUAAUUAUCAGUAAAACCACAAACAGUAAACACAUCAGUUAAGCCAAAAAGAGUCUGGCAUACUGUAUAUAAGCUGGACUAUCUGAGAACAUAUCAACCAAAGAGCUCCAACCCCAUAUGCCAAAGUGACACUUCAUUGGAGCCAACACUGUGAAAAAGCAUCUCAAAUCCUUGCGUGUGAGUAAUUAUUCAGGGUCAUGGAUGCGAAUGCUACCGUGAAUGCCAAAGAGUCACACUCUUAAAGUGGGAACAUACAUAAUUUCAUGUGGAGACAAAUAAUUGCAGACAUCCUGCCGAGAGUUUGCUUGGCACUAGGCAGUCUGGCAGGUGUGACAGUGACUGUUCAACAGGAGAAAGGACAGGCACAGAACAUUCAAAAUUAAGCCAAACAAAGGAAGAAUGACAGCUUUCUAUUUUAUUCAUCUGUGCUAGAAGAGGGUCCAUGAUUUACCACACACCUCACACACUUAAUACCUAAAUACGCCACACUUUGAGGACACUCAAAAAAUUAAAACAUUGUAUUAAUUUAAAUCGCCACUACAUAAGAAUGGGAAUUUGGCCUCUCUGGUGUAAUUAUGCAGUGCUGUGAAAAAGUUUUUGCUGAGAUCCUGAUUUCUUCUAUUUUGCUAAUUUGUCACAUUUAAUUGUUUCAGAUCAUCAAGUAAUUUUAAUAUAAG